AUGGGCGAGAUUGAUUUGAACGAUUUGGAGCAGUUCUGCCUUCUAGGAGAGGAGGGCUUGGAGCCUGAGUGUGCUAUUGGGCGCUUGAACCUGGCCCUGGAGGGUAAACCUGAAAGUAUUGCUAUCAUCCUGAUUUGCCUUGCUGGUGACAGAGUUUUGGCUGGGAUCCCACACAAAGCUUGGCACCGAAGAGCUGCCAACCGUUUGCUUCCAGCUGGCACCCUUGAGAAGCCGCUGAGCCUUGAAGUGGCUGCGUGCUCCCUUGAAAGCCGUCACGAGGCAUUGCCGGGUGGUAAGUGCAAGAUUUGGGUUGGUUUCCUUGCCAAGUCUUGGUUUUCAAGCCUGGACUUUGAUUCGGACGAAGCUGCAAUUCUUCAGUUUGUUUUAUUAGAUUCCGAGGAAGUAUGCGCGCCUUUUGGGGAAGCACUGCAGGCGAUUGCCGGGGACAAGUUCAACGUUGCUUUUGUUGGAAAUUCAGAUCCAGAACCAGCAGCCCGUUUGAAUGCCUUGGAGUCGCAAGUAGCUCAUAUCCGUUCCGGUCUGGAUGCUUUGUUAGCAGCUCAGGGUGUAAGGCCAACAGUUUUGGGAGAAGAGUCUGGAUUUCAAACAGCGGAAGAGGUGGAGGUUCAGAGGCCAAGCCGCCUUGCUACGCCGCCUGGGUUGGGCGCCUUGCCAAAAGCACCUCCAAGGGCCAAAGACAGCGGAACUGCCUUACCUGGCUUGGAUCCAGGUACAGUCGCUGCCGCCCUGCAAUCAGGAGUUCCUAUGAGCCACCUCCAAGCCAUGAGUACUUUGGUGCAGGGGAAGCCAGGCAGGAUGGGAGAUGUGCCCAGGCGCAGCCCACCUGUGCCAGAAAAAGCUAUCGAUCCCUUGGACGACGACGCCGUGGCUGUAGAGGACAUCGACGGCGAGCCGCUGGACCCUGCAAUGGACCCUGUGGCCAAGGCCUUAGUUCAAUUAACCCACAUUGUCAGCUCUAUGAACAAGCAAAAAGGGAAGAAGGAGACCCUGGAAGAGUCGCUCGAUGCACUGGGAGGCCAGAGUUCUGGCUCAGCAGAUCAACCAACUGUGACUGGCAAGAAGCAUGUGAAGGCCAUCGAAGCCUUGAAACAGGCCUUGCGGAAAGAACCACAAGUCAUUUACAACAGCAUAGAAAAGUUGAUGGCCGAAGACUAUGGACUCAUGGGCCACUUGCCCAACGCCUCCUUGCCAAACAUGACAGCAAGGGGGUGGGCGGAGCAUCGGUCGCGAAUCCAGGGAUUCCCCCGAACGGUGAGAUGGGUCUGGGGCGUCUGCGGUAUAUUGGAUUGCCUCCACAACUCAAACCCGGAGGAAGCCCGGGCCAGAGCAUGCUUGAUGCUCGCCCAAGCAGAGCAAGAGUCGAUCGACAAAGGCAACUUUCUACUUGCACAAGAAAUGUCCCUGGAACCACCACCUCCAUAUGCUUCGUUCACUGCGCAUGUGAUUCCAGAUCCCAUGGAAGUUCAAUUCACCCGGAUCAUGGAUGGCAGGUGGAUAGAUGCCUUUACUGCAAAGCUUCGCGAUGCGGACGAGUACAUCGAGCGCAGGCGGAAGCUUGGGCAACGGGGGGUUCAUGCAAAAGAACAUGGAAACCUCGAAAGCCCCUUGGCCAAAGCCAAGGUCGGGGUCAUUGUCUGGCCACCGACGCUUGCGGUCGGGGACAUCUUGAAGGCUGCCCAUCCAGCAGCCUUCAGGCUGAUUGUGCCUCUUCUACUAGUUUCCAGUGCGACAGAUGGUGGUCUGUACAGUCGACGCUGUGCUGAGAGCCAUUUCAAUGUUCCUGGUUCCGGCGCUUCCACAUUGCGGGCCAACUCCAUUUGGGAGACGGCCGCUAAGCAGGAAAGCUUUGAAGACACACUUGCGAAGCUUAGCAGCUUUGCUGAAAAGAGUUUGCAGAAUCAUGGCCAAUACAAAAAGAAUCAGUUGAUGGAGAAAUUGGAUUGGUGCGAGCGAACAUUUGUCGCAGCUUGUCGUUAUGCUGGAUUGCUGAUCGCGUGGAUGAUGAGUCUCCUGGAUUCAGUCUAUCGUGUCCAAGCUGGUAGGUCCCAAAAAGAUAUCAUCAAACUGCCACAGUGUUUAGUCGAUGAGUUGUACAUUGCUUCGGCUCUUCUGCCACUGGCCGUGACAGACAUUAGAGCGAGUUUCUGCGAAGCGCUGUAUGCUGUUGAUGCUUCAGACUGGGGGGAGGCGGUUGUCAAGGCCGAUCUCAGAUCCAAACUUGAGCGCAUGUUGAGAGGUUCUUUUUGGGCAUGCCCGCAACUCUUGGGUCAUGCCAUUGCGCAAUACGGAUAUCACCUCUAUGAUAAACUUGCACAGUGUGAUUUUGAUAGCCUUGCUUGUGUAUUGACGCCUUAUUUUGCUUUGCCGCCUUACGGAACGACAAACUUGCUUUGGCUCCUCCUGACCAAGUAUUUCGUUGACGGCAGUGCAUGUGCGUUAGCGCCUUCAUUUGCUUUGGCCAUCAUGUGGGACAUCACA